AUGCUGGGAAUGGAUCCACUAUUACAGAUACCGAGAUUCCCAGUUGUCAAGGUUGCAGAAGACGAAAACUACGAUCAUCAAGAGGCUCUCGAAAGUACGGUAUUUCAAGGCUCGGACACCAAUAAUUCAACCAACUCAGUCGAUUCGUCACAAAUCAUCGGAGCAUUCUCGGGCCUCAUACAAGAACUUCGUGGUUUGAUAUCCAGUGCUGGCGUUUCGCUACCAUCACACGCUGUCAAUAACGACUUUUCAGCUCUGCCUCAACAAGCAACACCUGGGACAGUCCUCUCAUCCCCAAAUGAUUUCCAGCAGCAUCCUCGGAAGAGAAGAAGAGUCGACAGCUGCGGCAAUCCAAACAUAGAGUUGGCCAGCCAGCUCAGCGAGCUGGGAAGUACGACAACCCAACUGCCACCACCAGAGUUGCUUGAAGAAGUCAUCAACGCAUAUUUCAUCCUGGUUCAGCCAUGGAUACCCAUCCUACAUGAGACCCGUUUUAGGAGCCGCUUUUAUAACCAUGAGCAGUUACCCUACCUCACUGUACUUUUGCAUGCCAUAGUAGUUGCUGCCAUCCGCUUCGUGGACUCCGGUAGUGAGAAGCUGUCUGAGAAGGAGACUGAGGCAUGGAUAUCCAAGUCAAGAAUCGAAUAUCUUCAGCUCAGUGUCGAGUUUGACGAUCGACAACAAGGACCUCUUUUGAAACCAUUAACGUCCUUAUUGCCAUCCCAGAAUUGGACACAGGAAGAGGAACGAAGAAGAGUCUUUUGGAGCAUAUUCAACUUGGAUAGGCUAUGUUCUGUCAUGACUGGAUGGAACACAAGCUUGACAUCGGAUGACGUUCGCAGAAGACUCCCCGCCGAUGGUGGUCUUUGGCACAAGGAAGAGACAGUAUUGACGCCCUACUUCGGGAUUUGGGAUCGAUCUGCAGGAAAGAUGGGGAAUUCGAUUGUGUUCCUUCCAGCUCACUCGGAAGCACCAGCAGAAACGCCAUCGACCAAUACCACGGCAUCCAAGAGUAAUGACACUGUCGAUAUGACCACUGUAGGCGCUUUUGCAUACUGUAUUGAAGCAACUGAGUCUUUGAGCCGGGUUACUACCUACUUUCUCCAGCAAAGGAUCAAUUUUAAAGAUCGCCAAGAGGUCGGGAAUUGGCUUACCAGGUUCAAGGAAUUGGAUCUCCGCCUUGUUCAUUGGAAGAUGUUCUUGCCUCAAAAGUGGAAAGACUCCAACAUCUCUCGAAGACCAACCAUCAUCAACAUGGAUCCCAACCUCACACUUGCCCAUAUCACACAUAAUACCUCGAUGAUUUUGUUACAUCAACAGAUAGCAUACCCGGCACCACAAUGGACAAGUAUUGUCAGAAUGCCCAGUGCCCACAGCGCUGAAACAUGUCAAAUCGCUGCGGCGGAAACAGCAACGAUUACACGAAAGUAUCUCAAGUACACCCCAGAAAAUAGUCCAGUGAACAGCCAAUUCGCGUUUUGCGUCUUUGUUAGUGCUCGGGCGCUGCUAGUUCACUGGAGAUACUACAAGACAGUGUUGGCUCACGAGUUCUGGGUUUUGGUUGAGAGUCUUGAUGAUUUUGCCAAACGCUGGGCUGGCCCAAUAUCCAAAGACAAGUCCAAAAUCUCGCUCGCUGGGAGAUAUAGUUCUCAGUUACGUGCUCUUUAUCAAAAGUGCACAGAGAAUCCAGAUCAUUGCCCUGACGUGGUUGGUUAUUCCACCGACGGCUUCGUUGAUCAGAAGUCUACUCACAUUCCUCAGGAACGUGAGCUUACUCGAUAUGACACUCAUAACGAGGAGUCGACAGCCUCAAGAGCCUGGCAGACAUCAUUUAAUACGCGAGCGACGAAUACUGGACUUCCUUUCGAUCCCACCCAGACACAGAUUUCAAAUGAGCAGCUCAACUUCCUGCCUCAAAUAUCACCUACAAAUCCAAACAUGGAGCACAAUUCUCCGGACGAGCUAUCUGCUAUUUCUACUGUUCUCAUGGAUCAGGACUUUAUGCAAUUGGAUCGGGUGAUUAGUUUUGACGACAUGAUGUUUACAGCACAGACGAUUGACGACCAAGGAGCUGCUUUUCCUGUAGAUAAUUGGACUUUGGGUUAA